UCGCGAAGUCGAUCCUGCCUGGGAAAUCCAAGCAGCCGAUCGACCAGCUGGCUCGGCCCACAGCGGCCACCCGCGCCAGGUGGGCCAAGUCGCUAGGCUUGGUCGCGGGCCCUGGGGGCGUGGGGGACUCCGAGGCCCCUGCAGGCUCCAGAGCCCCAUCAGUGGAGCCCCCAGUGCUGCAGGAGCGGGCACCUGCCCCGCCUGCCCCUGGGAGGCUGUUCAGCCCAGGGCUCGAGGGAGCCCUGAGCUCCUUCGGCUUUGCCUGCGCGGCCGACGCACAGGAGCGUGGCAGGGUCGCCAGGGCGGCCAGGUCGGCGGACCCCAGGCCAGUGUUCGGCCUGAGCGCGGAGUGACGGUCGCGCUUCGGGGUCUGGGCCUGGUCGGCUGCGGGCCCGUGCAAGCUCUGUUUGUGGGGCCGUAAGACGGCGUCCGAAUUUGUUGGUGCAUGACAAGCCCCAGGGUUAUAGGAUAAAAAAAUGCCGUCACCGUAGUAAAACAAAGCAAUGUACCAAUUAUCAUGCCAGUGUCGAAUGAUCCACUCGUUCUUUUGUUUAAGCAAUCUCCCCUUGUUAGUUACGUUAGUAUCAUCCGCAGCCGUGUUGGCUCAAUUGUUUGAGGCCCGCUGCGUUGCUCGAACACAUCUAACCAUGUCGGCCGCACGCUUCCAUCGCGGCUGCUUCCAGACACCGUUGCGACGAGUUGAGAUCUCCAGCUGGCACUCGUUGGGAAGCGCUCGGCAGAGCAUCUUCCUGCGUGGGCUGGCAAACGACCUCCUCGCGGCCUCGGCGCCUGGGCUCGUCGUGAGCUCGUGGAGCCACCGCUUCACGGCCGACCGUUUCUACUGGCUUGGCAAGCCGGACAUACCAGGCGAGUUCGACGCGGGCUUGGCCACGGUGCGAAGGAUUGAGGGCCCGCACUCUGCGCGGUUGGUCCUGGCGAUGUUCGAGCCUAGGGGCAGAGAUCCGCUGUUGCUCUACGCCGUCGACCGCAUUUGCACCGAUGCUGCCGGGCGGCCCGCGACACCAGAAGGGCCGUUGGAGACGGGCGUUCGAAGCCACUACCGCUGGCUUCGCGAAGUCCCCGCAGCACUGCUUAUGAGGGGCCCGCCUGCCCGCGCGUCAUGCAUUCCCUCUCGCUCCGUCGCCCCCUCGGCUAAUCACCGACAACUGGCCGUUAUCCCCCUCCGCGCUUGACCUCUCGGUUCCAGCCUGGUGUCUUUGCCAAGCCAGCGGUGGCUUGCUGUUGCAUGUCCCCGCCUGUUCCACGCAUGCAGCCGAGUGGGCGUAGCCGUCUGUUAUCAGAGGUCAUGCGGCUUGGGGGCUCCAGUUUAGCGGAUGGAGGAACAGUUCUGCAGUGCGCCUCCGUCGCGCCUUGUGGCGACAGCGCCCGCGGACGGCGGCGAAAGACAAAGCAGCAGGCACGCCCUGCACAGCCUCGGCCUCGGGCCCGGGCCACUGGCGCCGCGAUGCCAGCGCGGCGCCUGGGGCCCGGACCUCUUGGCCACAGGAGGAG